UAUGCGGCACACAGAUUUCUGGAAACAAGUGAAAAAUGAUGAAGAAGGUACUGGUUUUCUUAGCCGUGGUGGCACUGGUGUCUUCAGCUCCUCAACCCAGGAAGCUGUUCCACGAACAUGUCGAGGAUUUCAUAGACAUUAUCGACGAGUCAAGUGAGGAAUUGGCUCGUCUGAUGGAAAUUUACUCCGAGUUUGAUGAGUUCUGGAAGUCCAUUGAUUACAUGAAGACGAACAAUUUCAAGGAGAUUAUUUACGAAAUGGAAUCUUUGCCUGAAUUUGUUGCUGUAAUUGAUUUCUUGGAGAACGAUAACAUCGAUGUACAUUUCUUCAUUGACAUGCUGAACGGCAUUCUUGAAAACGUAGAUGUAGACACAAAAUCGCUAGCCCGUCAGUCCGUCAGUGGCCGUGAUCUCACAUCAUUCACCAGGGAUUGCAUUGCCGUCUUCCCUAAAGAGAAACUGGCUGCUCUUUUCGACCAGAAAAUGGCUGAAGAUGAAGAGUUUAGGACUGCUAUUCAGAACCUAGAAAGCGAAGAAUGGGAAUCUGUCUUCUCAGCGCUCUGGGAAAGCGAAGUUUUCCAAGCUGAAGUUGCUGCUCUCUCCGAAAAUGGAAUCGAAAUUAGCGUCCUCUUCGAACAACUCCUCGCGAUUUUUGGUCAGAACUACGAAUUUUCACCUGAUAGAUAUGGCGACAACACGCGACUCAUGUCCGCAGACAUGUCGAUCAAAGUCCGGCAACGUCGCGGUACAACACCCAACGUUACUGGCGACACGUGUCAUAGGACAUUUGGCCAUUCUAGAUCUUCAUCUUUUAUCUUAUCAUAUAGUAUAAAACGCAUAGGCACCGCUGUAUCAGUAUCACAGAAUUCAGGAAACGAUACCAGAAUGAUGAAGCAAGCUCUUGUUGUCCUCGCCCUGGUGGCUCUUGCCUUCUCAGCUCCUCAGACCAGGAAGCUGUUCCACGAGCAUGUUGAAGACUUUCUGGACAUCAUCAUGGAUGAGGCUGGCCAUGAGAUCGAGCACCUGAACGAGCACUACCUUGAGUACGAUGAGUUCUGGACUGCUCUGGACUACAUGAGGACCAACAACUUCAAGGACUUAGUCUACGAAAUGGAAUCGUUGCCUGAAUUUGUUGCUGUGAUCGAGUUCUUGGAACAAGACAACAUUGACAUCCACUACUUCAUUGACCUGUUCAACGAGAUGAUUGAGAGCAUUCAACAAACUGCAAGGUCCGCUCGUCACUCCACCAGUGGCCGAGACUUCACCUCCUUCAUGAGGGACUGCAUCGACGCCUUCCCCAAGGCCAAGCUAUCAGCUCUCUUCGAACAGAAGAUGGCUGAGGAUGAGGAGUUCAGAACUGCCAUCAACAACCUGAACAGUGAACAGUGGGAUGCUGUCUUCUCCGCUCUCUGGGCUAACCCUACCUUCCAAGCUGAGGUCGCAACCCUUGCCGAGAACGGCAUUGACGUGAAAGUCUUCCUUGACGAAAUUGUGGCCGUUUUCGGUCAAAACUAAGCUACGGAAUAGUGAAUCUAUUUUGUAAAUAAACCAUCUAAAAUGUUGUACUUAAGAGCUAAGAAAGUCAUAUAGUAAUCUAUGAUCGCUAUAAGUAUCAAUGUUGAAUAAAUUUUGUUAUAAUUGUCACC